GUCCUGGGGAAGGGAGUUUGCAGUCAGCUGCUGAGGAAGUUGGGACUGGACUGGAGAUGCAACUUUCCCUCUAAUGGCUGCCAAGGGGAAGCAAUCUCAGAUGGCCCAGUGGAACAGGAGUGGCUAUUUCAGGAGCUCUGGUAGCAGAGAUGUGAAUCCCGACCUUGAAGCUGAAAGGCAGACUGCCUCCUUCAGUGUGGAGAGGCUCACUACCAUAUUGGAUGGAGGUGCUGACAACACCAGGACACGGAGGGCAGUAGAGGCAGUUAUCCACAGUGACCCCGGCUUUAGCAGAGAAAACCAGUACUUUCAGAGCCAGAAUGAGAGGUAUGAAGCAGCAGUCAGAAAGUCUGUCCACCUCAAGGAGAAGAUGCAUCAAAUGGGAUGGACUGAAAACAGGCCUGAAAUUAAGUACUGCUACAGGGCACUUGGAGGAGACCUAGCAUUUAACAUCCACAGAGUCUUUAAGAACAGUAUCUUGGCCCUGGGAACAGAUGAACAGAUUGCCAAGUGGAUCCCACUUGCUGACAAAUACCACAUUAUAGGAACCUAUGCUCAAACUGAAUUGGGACAUGGGACAUUUCUUCGGGGUUUGGAGACAACAGCGGUUUUUGACAUUUCCACUCAGGAAUUUACACUGAAUACACCAAAGAUCUCUGCAAUGAAGUGGUGGCCUGGAGACUUGGGCAGAUCAGCAACCCAUGCUGUGGUUUUUGCGCAGUUGUAUAUUAAAGGAAAGUGCUAUGGUUUGCAUGCCUUCAUCCUGCAGAUCCGCAGCCUUUGUGACCAUUCACCUGCGCCAGGGGUCAUUGUGGGAGACAUCGGUCCCAAAAUGAAUUUUGAACACAUUGACAAUGGCUAUCUCAUGCUGCAGAACAUUAAUAUUCCCAGAGAAAACAUGCUGAGCAGAUUCUCUCAGGUUCUACCGGAUGGCACCUACGUGAAACAAGGGUCUGAUAAGAUUAACUACUUGACCAUGAUCGUGACACGUGUUCAGAUGCUUUGGACUGAAGUUAUACCCAUGCUGUUGAGGGCCUGCACCAUCGCCAUCAGAUAUUCUGUGGUUCGCCGGCAGUCCAAGUUGAACCCUAGUGACCCAGAGGCAAAAAUCCUAGACUACCAGACUCAGCAACAGAAGCUACUACCUCUGCUCGCAACAGCCUAUGCCUUUCAUUUCAUGAAUGCCUUCGUGAAUGAGUUCUACAACAAAGGAUACACCGAGAUCAAACAGGGGAAUUUUGAUUCACUACCUGAGCUUCAUGCACUUACUUCAGGUCUUAAAGCCAUAAUUACAGACUACUGCACGGCUGGGGCGGAGGUCUGUCUCAGAGCCUGUGGAGGACAUGGUUACUCUGCGCUGAGUGGACUCCCUUUUUUGUAUACUAAAUUAGUCGCUUCUUGUAUUUACGAAGGGGAAAACACAGUUCUGUUCCUGCAGACAGCCAGGUUUCUGGUAAAGUGCCUUGCAGCAGCUCACUCCGGCCAGUCCAUCCCUGCCUCCGCCGCCUAUCUGUCUUCAGUGGGCUCGGGAAAGUGUAAGGCCUGGACCAAGACGGACUUUCUCAAACCAGACGUUUACGCAGAGGCCUAUCGACACAGAGCUACCAGGCUCCUCGGAAAUGCAGCAACCAAACUACAGGCUUUGGUUCAGUCAGGAGCAGAACAGUAUGAGGCCUGGAACAAGUGCACAAUACAGCUUGUACAGGCUGCGAAGGCUCACUGCCACUACAUCGUUGUGAAAAACUUCAUAGACACAGUGGAGAAACUUAAAAACGAGGCUGAAAUCCAGAAGAUUGUGAAACACCUUUGUGACCUUUUUGCAUUACAUGGUAUCUUCUCAAACACGGGAGAUUUCCUGCAUGCUGGGUACAUAUCUGGGGACCAAAUGGACAUGGUGACUGCAUCUUACCUGGACCUACUCGCUGUCAUUCGGAGUGAUGCAGUCCCACUAGUGGAUGCUUUCGACUUCACUGACGAAAGUUUAAAUUCUGCGCUUGGCUGUUAUGACGGACAUAUCUACCAACGGCUUUACGAGUGGGCUCAAAAAUCCCCAACCAACCAACAGGUGAGCCGGGCCUAUGCAAGUUACCUGAAACCACUUUUUCAGAGUGCUCCAUCAAAACUAUAAAGAUCAACAGCUGCUUGGGACACAGACAACAUCUUCUUUGGUUCCAUGUAUGGUGCACUAGUUAGCACACUGCCAGUGUUUUAUAAAUAAUCAUAAAGAGUAACACAGAACAGUUCACUGUACUGUCUGCAAAGAUCAACUGGAAUUCUUAGUCAUUUACAUUUAAGAAUGGAAGAAAGCCAAACAGGUUUCAGCUAUGUCUGUGGUUAUACAGAGUUCCAUUAGGAACUUACCUAUUUUAUUUAUUUUUUUUUUAAAUAUGUUCACAGUAGCUGCAUAAGCUGCCAUAUUUAGCAGUCCGAUUCUCAAUGUUUUAUUACAUUCAGGUUAAAAAUAAUUACUUUCUUGCUGCCUGGGACAUAAGUUUGUUGAGCCCAUAAAAUGCAUUGCACAGAAUCAAGGAACUUAAGUUAACAAAAGUAAUGUAAAGUCACAGCCAUAGGUUCUGAAACCAGCUGCUUAGAUUAAAAGCGCUGUUAAAAUGUAAACUCUUUGGGCCAGGGGACAGAAUUCCUCCUUGUAUCUUGUUGAGCAGUGAGCACUAUCUGCACUUAAAUAACCAAUCGAAACUCACACAGUAUGUGCCAGCUUCAACUUGUGAAAAUGAUCUAUUAUGAUGAAAGUUGCCGAUACCCUUUCUGUAAACUUCAGCCUCCAACAGGGGUGUGUGAUUUAGGGUUUGCUUAUUAAAUGGGUCUAUGGUUAUCAAGUAAAAAGAACAGAUAUCUUCUAUUCGGGGAUUAAACCAAGCAUUACAUUGCAAAUAAAUGAAGAAAUGUUGUGAA